AUGACCAUUAUCAAGGAAUUCAGGAUUCUAGGAUUCGAAAACAUCCACAACAUUAAAAUCGUGCUCUUUAAUCUGUUUCUAAUCAAUUACAUUGUGACUUUGUCUACAAAUGCCAUGAUUAUCUCAUUGGUGGUAACAUCUCCAUACAUCUACUCUCCCAUGUACUUCUUCCUCAGUCACUUGUCUAUUAGUGACAUUCUACUCACCACAACCAUUGUACCUGAAAUGCUCCACAUUAUAUUAAAGGAAGGCAUCACCAUGUCUCUUGCUGGCUGCUUCAUACAAUUCUAUUUUGUUUCUCUAUUUGUUACGGCUGAAUGUUUACUGCUCGCAGUAAUGUCCUAUGAUCGAUAUUUGGCCAUCUGUAACCCACUGCGUUAUUCCUCUAUUAUGGAACUUAAAAUGUGUGUUUAUCUUGUAAUGUCAUCUUGGGGAUUAGCAAUUCUAAUUGCUCUGCCUCAUAUUCUUAUCUUAAGCCAAAUGACAUUUUGUGGUUCCAAUAUAAUUGAUCAUUUCUUCUGUGAUCUGAUUCCAGUUCUUAAACUUUCUUGUUCUAAUGGCAUGACUAAUACAAUAUUAACAAUUGUCAUGUUAACCUUUUUUGCAUUUUUCCCAUUUGCCUUUAUCACUAAGACGUACAUCAGUAUUUUUCUUACCAUCCUCCGAAUCUCCACCAGCAAUGAGAGACAGAAGGCCUUCUCCACCUGUAGUUCCCACCUGACCGUGGUGUGUUUAUAUUAUGGAACUUUAUUAUGUAAUUACUUGGUUCCAUCUAAAAAGGAAUACUUGGGUCUACAAAAGCUGGUUUCGAUGCUUUACACUAUAGUUACCCCAUUAUUAAAUCCCAUUUUAUACAGUCUGAGAAAUGAACAAAUCAGAGGAGCAAUAAUGAAACGUAUCUUGAAGAGAAGCUAA